AUGUCGAAGACCCUAUCACACGCCAAGAUCACGCCUCACCGGUCGUCAACACGGGGCCACUCGGACCAUGGCUGGCUCAACACGUACCACAGCUUCUCCUUCGCCGACUGGUUUGAUCCGCGCUUCACUCACUUCGGCUCACUGCGCGUGCUGAACGAGGAUCGCGUGAAGGCGAACUCGGGCUUCCCAACGCAUCCCCACCGCGACUUCGAGAUCUUUUCGUACAUCAUCUCCGGGGAGCUCACUCAUCGGGACAGCAUGCUCCGUAAGGGCGCCGAGGGGGCGCAGUCUGACCAGUUCUACCGGAUGCGCCGCGGGGACGUCCAAUUCACCACCGGCGGCACGGGCAUCGCGCACUCGGAACAGAACGAGCACCACAAGGACACCGUCCACUUCCUCCAGAUCUGGGCCAUCCCCUGGAAGCGUGGUCUUGCCCCAAGAUACCACACACGCCACUUCGACGACGAGGAGAAGCGGAAGGGCUUCGUCCCGAUCCUGAGCCCGCUCAAGGGUGGCGAGGAGGCUUUUUUCGAGCAGGAGAAGGCGGCCGAGCCCACCAUUGGAGGGACGAUUCCCGUUCACGCCGACUUGGUCAUGGGCGCUGGCAUCAUCGCGCCGCAGCAGAAAUUCGAGUGGGUUGUAGGGGCCAAGGCGACUGGGGCCACCAAGAGGAAGGUCUACGUUCAUGUCCCGAUGACCAAGAAGGGAAAGGCGAAGAUCCGCUUGGACGGCCGCGAGGAGAUCUUUAGUGAGGGAGACGGAGCCUUCGUUGAUGCUGUCAAUGCCGGUGACAAGCUGUCCUUCGAAAGCGUUGGGGAGGCUGAGGCGGAGGUGGUGGUCUUGGACACGGCAUAA